AUGGCAAAAUUAUAUUCAAAGACUGAAUUUCACAAUUUAAUGGAGAAAGUGGAGGCAGUUGAUGUUAGAGUGAAGAAUUACUUGAAAUUGACGGGAUACGAUAAGUGGGCUAGGUCAUAUGCAUCCGUUCAUGGGGGAUGGACUUUGACGUCAAACAUUGCCGAGUCAAUUAAUGUUGCACUGGUAUCGACUAGAGAACUACCAAAAUAUGAUUUUAUAGGAAAAUUUAGAUUGAUGUUUGGUAGAAGGAACUAUGAAAAUAAACAGCAGGCGGUGUAUACUUUUACGGAUCUUAUUGGUAAAUUUCAAGAAAUUCUAAAAUAG